ACAGCAGAGUGGGAGAUAAGCAAGGCUCAGAGAGAGUCUGGUCCUCUGGGCUCCCUAAACAACCCAGGUGCUGUGGGGCGAGGCUGUUAGCUACCAAGAACAAUGAAACUUCCAGAUAUCACUGCCCAAGUGAAAACUAGGAGUCUGUGGAUUUUCUGAUUCCUCGUCCUUGUCAAGCUUGCUUCAGGAUGUCUGAAGCCUCCAAGGAGGGUGUGGAAACCUGGGGGCUGCUGGUGUCAGGCAAGGCCUGCUUAACAACCAUGGACAAAAAGCUUAAUGUGCUAAACGAGAAGGUUGACAAACUCUUGCAUUUCCAGGAAGAUGUCACGGAGAAAUUGCAGUGUGUGUACCAAGGCAUGGGCCACCUGGAGCAGGGCCUACACCGCCUGGAAGCCUCUCACAUCCUGGGCCCAGGUGGGGCUGACCAUACUCCUCCAGCUGAUGCACAGGCUGGGUGGCCAGAGGUCCUGGAGCUGGUGAGGAAUGUGCGGCAGGAUGCUGCCCAGCAUGGUGCCAGGCUUGAAGCCCUAUUCAGGAUGGUCGUGGCCGUGGACAAGGCCAUAGCUUUGGUGGGGGCUGUGUUCCAGAACUCGAAGGUGAUGGAUUUCAUCAUGCAAGGGAGUGUCCCUUGGAGGAAAGGAAGCCUGGCUGAUGGCUCUUCAGAGAACAAAGAUCGAGUGGAAGAGAAAGGAGCAAAACCAAAGCAUGUGCUGAGCACCAGAGCCGUGCAGGCCGAGAUCAGGGGGUCUCCGGAGGAGAGCCAGAAGGAAAACUUGCCAGAGGGGACAGUGGAGACGCUGACUCCCAUCAAUGCUUCAGGGAUAGGAUCUGAUCUUCUCACCCAGGAAGAGGCUUCACUAGGGCAGGCAGAAGUGCCCCCUGGCCACCUGCCGCUGUCCACAGAGGUGGAAGCCAAAGUUCCUGGAGCAUUCAUUGAGAACCCUGGGACUGACCUGGAAUUGUCUGCAGCACCCAACAGGGUCAAGGAGGCCCCAACCAGCCAGGAGACUUUACCCAGUACAGCACGAGGAUCAUCAUUCAGCAGGCCUGACUCUCGGCCCACAGAGGCAGGCAUGAGGCUGACUCCAGGGCUGCCAGUCCAGGCCAAGGCAGCUUACAGUGGUGUAGAAACACCUCCGAGGAUCUCCAUCCAUGUGCAGGAAACAGACACCCCUGGGGAGCUGCUUGUGACACGAGGGGGCAGCCUCAGACACAUACCCCCUGAGGAGGCUCCAGCAGCUGCCUAUCCAGGUGAGCAGGACCCACCUGGGCCCACCCCCCAGACCCCUGUGACCAAGUCAGAAAAACAGAUCCCAAAAGAAGCUGGAAAGAUUUCCCCACUGCGGAAGCAGAGCAGCGAUGAGGGAGCAAAGGCAGAGGAGAAGCAGGGGCCUGGGGCUGAGUCCACCGUGGGACCAAGAGGGGCCAGGAGGAACAUGGGAGACCAUGCUGGAUCCCUGGGCUGGCAGCAGGACAAAGACCCAGGGACAGGACACCCUGAGCCUGGAAAGGACUGCACAUCCAGAGGCAUGGGCAGAGAUGAAGCAGGAAGGAAGACCCCCCUGGGAGCCGAGGCUGGCAGCGUGGUUCUGGAUGACAGUCCAGCCCCACCAGCCCCUUUUGAACACCGCGUGGUGAGUGUCAAGGAGACCGCAACCUCAGCAGUUUACACAGUGUGCCAGCAUGACGUCUUGGGAGGGGGCCGGUUUGGCCAGGUCCACAGGUGCACAGAGAAGUCCACAGGCCUCUCACUGGCAGCUAAGAUCAUCAAAGUGAAGAGUGCCAAGGACCGGGAGGAUGUGAAGAAUGAGGUCUACAUCAUGAACCAGCUCAGCCACGUGAACCUGAUCCAGCUCUAUGAUGCCUUUGAAAGCAAGAACAGCUUCACCCUCGUCAUGGAAUAUGUGGAUGGAGGUGAACUCUUUGACCGGAUCACAGAGGAGAAGUACCAGCUGACUGAACUGGAUGUGAUCUUGUUCACCAAGCAGAUCUGCGAGGGUGUGCAUUACCUCCAUCAGCACUAUAUCCUGCACUUGGACCUCAAGCCGGAGAACAUACUGUGUGUCAAUCAGACAGGACAUCAAAUUAAGAUCAUUGACUUUGGGCUGGCCAGAAGGUACAAGCCUCGGGAGAAGCUUAAGGUGAACUUCGGCACUCCAGAGUUCCUGGCCCCAGAAGUCGUCAACUAUGAAUUUGUGUCCUUCCCUACAGACAUGUGGAGUGUGGGGGUCAUUACCUACAUGCUACUCAGUGGUUUAUCCCCAUUUCUAGGGGAAACAGAUGCAGAGACCAUGAAUUUCAUUGUGAACUGUAGCUGGGAGUUUGACGCUGACACCUUUGAAGGGCUGUCAGAAGAGGCCAAGGACUUUGUUUCCCGCCUGCUGGUCAAAGAGAAGAGUUGCAGAAUGAGUGCCACGCAGUGCCUGAAACAUGAGUGGUUGAAUAAUUUGCCUGCCAAAGCUUCAAAAUCCAAAGUUUGUCUCAAAUCCCAAUUAUUACUGCAGAAAUACAUGGCUCAGAGGAAAUGGAAGAAACAUUUCUACGUGGUGACUGCUGCCAACAGGCUAAGGAAAUUUCCAACUUGUCCCUAAUUCUCAACUCGGCUGCUCCCAUGGGCCCAGAAGUUAUGGACUGGUGGUGAAGUGAUGACUCAAGAUUUUUAAUAAUCCAGUCUUGUAAUGAUAUUGAUUUCAUCUUUUUUGUAAAGAAAGGUUAUGGCUGUUGCCUUCCUUGUGGGUGAAAAGUGGCUGUAAGGAAAGUGACCCGACCUUUUUUUUUCUGCCUUGUAAGAUCAUACUAAGUUGAAAUGCUGUGUUUACUUCUCAAGUACACCUACUUUUGGUGAUAAGUAUAGGCAUGCUUUAGGUAGGUAGGAAAGCUUCUAUUUUGUAUAUGUCAAAUUUAAAGUCUAAGCUUACUCUGAUUAGAGAACUCAGUAGACUGUUACACAGGGGUAUGUUAUGCAGCAUUAUCUCCUCCAGUACAAAGAAUUCCUAGAAUUUUGAUUUGCUCAAGUGUGAGCUGACAUUUUAUUGUACUACCCUGUUCUUGUGGAAAGCAAUGUAGAUUUAGGGGUAGUGAUCCUCAAAUUUGUUUUAACUUGUGCUCCGUUUUGGGAAACAAACCAUGCAUCCUUUAAUAUUCUUUGAAACUUCAAAAUAUACCAUAUCACCUGUCAUGGCUAAAUCAGAACAAUGAUCAUUUUGAAUGUGCUUUUUAAAUCCAUACACAUCUCUACCCUCUCCUAAGUGGUCCUAUUCUGGCACUGGUGGUCUCACUUCUGACCUCCCUUCCUCAGAUUUAUGGUCUAGGAAGUCUGGACACUGAUAUGCAAUAUGUAAAAGAGAUAUAAGAGUGUAAAAUGAUUUUCAGUCUUCUGAGAGAAACACAGAAUGAUACAUCAUGAGACAAUAAACUGCUGUUCUACUGCUUUAUGGAUA